AUGUCAAACUUUCGUAAUAUUGCCGUCAUGUCUGAGAAUGAAAAUGACGAGUCAGCAAUAAGUAGUUCUAAAUUUUUAACGAUUCGUAAUGAAACUAAAGAUGAUUAUCUUGAAAGAAUCAGUAAAAAGGGACUAAUAAAUAGCUUCAGUUGGGAUGAAUUCGAUAUUAUAGAACAUCUUCGUACGGGAUGUUCUGGAGAAGUUCUAAAAGCUAAAUGGAAGACAAGAGAUAUUGUAAUCGUUCUAAAGACUGUAGCUGACUCGGAAGAGAAUAACCAAGAGUUUAAGGAUAACCAAGAAUUUACUAAAGAGUAUGCAGAACUUGGUGAUUUACGUCACUACUUGAAUCACAGUAAUUUAGAUUGGGAACAAAAGGUUAACAUUGCAAGACAAGUUGUUUGGGGUCUAUUUUUUUUACAUGAAAAUGAAAUUUUGCAUCGUGACUUACAUACAAAAAAUGUGGUUAUUAAAAAUGAUGAAAGUGCUGAAAGUUCCAAGUGUGGUAUCAGAGUUAUUAUCACAGACUUUGGACUUUCAAAGGUUCUCCCUCGUGAUAGUACAUCAAAUCAGUUGAUAGGUGAUGAAUGGCAGCAACCAAUAGAAUUACAACAGAAUGAAUCAAGUGAACCUGUAUACAAUGAUGAAGAUAUCGAUAUCGAUGUAACAUAUGAUGAAAAAACAGAAUUACCACAAAUUCUUAUUUCUGAAACUGAAUAUAGAGAGAAUAUGCAUUAUAAUUUAGUAGAUGAAUGUCAAUUGAACGGACAACGAAAAAGUGGACUGCAAAGUGAACAUGAAGACGAACAGCUAGAUGAGCAGCUAAAAAAUGAACGAUAUGAAAAGAGGGAUAACUGUGAUGGACAAAGGGAAGAUGAAAGGAACGACGAACGAUUUUUUAAUAAGGUGCUUGAGAUGUUAGAACAGAUGUUCGACCAAUUUUCCCCCAAAGAACUUGAAGCAAUCGAGCGGCUUCCUAAUAACAAAGCUGAUGAAAUUGUUAAUUUAGUCCAAUCUGUUGCUCAUCGAAAAAAAAAUGAAAAACUAUAA